AUGCCUUUAUCAAUGAAGAUCCAGCCAAUCGAUUUUAACACGCCAGAAGAGACGAUGAGGAUCGACUUAGUGAAGCCGAUGGCGAAGUCUCGGCUGAAGAGGUUUUUUUCUUUCCAGUUCCCAAGUGUUUUGAGGAAUUCCACAGCGGCGCCGAAGAAGGUCAUGGACGAGGAGCCGCAUUUUCAAAAGGACGGCUUUAAUGGCUCGGUUAUGGUGGUGCCGGUGUUGGCCGCUGAGUUUGAGCCAAGUUCUGUGUGCUUGGACAGUAUGGUACAGAACUUCAUCGAAGAGAACAAUAAAAACGAGAAGCAAUCGGAACUGUGUGCGGUCAGGUGUGGCCAUAACUGCUGCAACUGUUUUAACCGGAACUGUAUUGAUAGCAGUUCGGAAGAUGAAGGGACUCUUUCGGCGAUUCUAACUAUUCUUCCACGGUGUCAUCUCAACUCCACCUCCAAUCUUCAAUUUACCAUUUUGUCCUUUUCCACAGAACCUAUCUAA